GAGGUCGCUCGGGUCGGGUGUCGCCUGAGAACCGGAUGAGGCGGCGACCGUGAGGCCGAGCCGGGAGCAGGCGUUGCGCCGAGGUCCGGGCGGGCGGGGGGCAACGGCCACAGACGCCGCGAGGUCAGGUCGUUGAGGGCCGGGGACGGGCAGGGAGCGCGGGGCGCUCGGGCCGGGGGCCGCCGGUGCCAUGGGCAACCGCGGGAUGGAAGAGCUGAUCCCGCUGGUCAACAAGCUGCAGGACGCCUUCAGCUCCAUCGGCCAGAGUUGCCACCUGGACCUGCCGCAGAUCGCCGUGGUGGGCGGCCAGAGCGCCGGCAAGAGCUCGGUGCUCGAGAACUUCGUGGGCCGGGAUUUCCUUCCCCGUGGUUCAGGAAUUGUCACUCGGCGACCUCUCAUUCUGCAGCUCAUCUUCUCAAAAACAGAAUAUGCCGAGUUUUUGCACUGCAAGUCCAAAAAGUUUACAGACUUUGAUGAAGUCCGGCAGGAGAUCGAAGCAGAGACCGACAGGGUCACGGGGACCAACAAAGGCAUCUCCCCAAUGCCCAUCAACCUGCGGGUCUACUCGCCACACGUGUUGAACUUGACUCUCAUUGACCUCCCGGGCAUCACCAAGGUGCCCGUGGGGGACCAGCCCGCAGACAUCGAGUACCAGAUCAAGGAUAUGAUCCUGCAGUUCAUCAGUCGAGAGAGCAGCCUGAUCCUCGCCGUCACCCCUGCCAACAUGGACUUGGCCAACUCGGAUGCCCUAAAGCUGGCCAAGGAGGUCGAUCCCCAAGGCUUGCGGACCAUCGGCGUCAUCACCAAACUCGACCUGAUGGACGAAGGCACUGAUGCCAGGGACAUCCUGGAGAAUAAGUUGCUCCCACUGAGAAGAGGCUACAUUGGCGUGGUGAACCGCAGUCAGAAGGACAUCGAGGGCAAGAAGGACAUCCGAGCAGCACUGGCAGCCGAGAGGAAGUUCUUUCUCUCCCACCCGGCCUACCGGCACAUGGCUGACCGCAUGGGCACCCCGCACCUGCAGAAGAUCCUGAAUCAGCAACUGACCAACCACAUCCGGGAGUUGCUGCCGACCCUGCGCAGCAAGCUACAAAGCCAGCUGCUGUCCUUGGAGAAGGAGGUGGAGGAGUACAAGAACUUCCGGCCUGACGACCCCACACGCAAAACCAAAGCCCUGCUGCAGAUGGUCCAGCAGUUUGGGGUGGACUUUGAGAAGAGGAUCGAGGGAUCGGGAGACCAAGUGGACACUCUGGAGCUCUCCGGGGGCGCCCGAAUCAAUCGCAUCUUCCAUGAGAGGUUUCCUUUUGAACUGGUGAAGAUGGAGUUUGACGAGAAGGACCUAAGACGAGAGAUUAGCUACGCCAUUAAGAACAUCCAUGGAGUCAGGACGGGGCUCUUCACCCCCGACAUGGCCUUUGAAGCCAUUGUGAAAAAACAGAUUGUAAAACUCAAAGAGCCGAGUUUGAAGUGUGUUGAUCUCGUGGUCUCAGAACUGGCCACGGUCAUUAAAAAGUGUGCUGAGAAGCUCAGCUCCUACCCCCGGUUGCGAGAGGAGACAGAGCGGAUCGUCACCACUUACAUCCGGGAACGGGAGGGGAGAACCAAGGACCAGAUUCUUCUUCUGAUCGACAUCGAGCAGUCCUACAUCAACACCAACCACGAAGACUUCAUUGGAUUUGCCAACUGUUAUUAUACUGAGCAGCUGGUGACCGGCGCCCAGCAGAGGAGCACGCAGCUGAAUAAGAAGAGAGCCAUCCCCAAUCAGGUGAUCCGCAGGGGCUGGCUGACCAUCAACAACAUCAGCCUGAUGAAGGGCGGUUCCAAGGAGUACUGGUUUGUGCUGACAGCCGAGUCACUGUCCUGGUACAAGGAUGAUGAGGAGAAAGAGAAGAAGUAUAUGCUGCCCUUGGACAACCUCAAAAUCCGCGACGUGGAGAAGGGCUUCAUGUCCAACAAGCACGUCUUCGCCAUCUUCAACACGGAGCAGAGGAACGUCUACAAGGACCUGCGGCAGAUCGAGCUGGCCUGUGACUCCCAGGAGGAUGUGGACAGCUGGAAGGCUUCAUUCCUCCGAGCUGGGGUCUACCCCGAGAAGGACCAGGCAGAAAACGAGGACGGGGCCCAGGAGAACACCUUCUCCAUGGAUCCGCAGCUGGAGCGGCAGGUGGAGACCAUUCGCAACCUGGUGGACUCGUACGUGGCCAUCAUCAACAAGUCCAUCCGCGACCUCAUGCCAAAGACCAUCAUGCACCUCAUGAUCAACAACACAAAGGCCUUCAUCCACCACGAGCUGCUGGCCUACCUGUACUCGUCUGCAGACCAGAGCAGCCUUAUGGAGGAGUCAGCCGACCAGGCCCAGCGGCGGGACGACAUGCUGCGCAUGUACCAUGCACUCAAAGAGGCACUGAACAUCAUCGGGGACAUCAGCACCAGCACUGUGUCCACGCCUGUGCCCCCACCCGUUGACGACACCUGGCUCCAGAGCUCAAGCAGCCACAGCCCCACUCCGCAGCGUCGACCUGUGUCCAGCAUGCACCCCCCGGGCCGGCCUCCUGCGGUGAGGGGCCCCACUCCAGGGCCCCCCCUGAUUCCCAUGCCAGUGGGGACAGCAGCCUCAUUCACCGCACCCCCCAUCCCAUCCCGGCCUGGACCCCAGAGUGUAUUUGCCAACAAUGACCCCUUCUCAGCCCCACCUCAGAUCCCAUCUCGGCCAGCUCGGAUCCCCCCUGGCAUACCUCCUGGAGUGCCCAGCAGAAGACCCCCUGCUGCGCCCAGCCGGCCCACCAUUAUCCGCCCAGCCGAGCCAUCCCUGCUCGACUAGGCUGCGCGGGGGGCAUGAUCUCGGGGGCCUCGCGCACCCACAGUGCAGGAGCUUCAGUGGCCUGGGCCCUUUCACCCCUGUGCUGGGACCAGGCUCCCCGCGGGCAUACCCUGCCUCUUCCCUAAGCCUGGCCCCCAUCCCUGGCUGGACACCACAGAGUGAAGGGACCCUGGAGCCCCAGGCGGGGGGCACUGGGGUGUUGCACUUUGGGGGAUGGAGUCUCCAGGGGGCAGAGGGGAUAACUGUACCCUGGGUGCUAUCUCGAAUGAGGGAUCCAGGCAGGGCUGGAGGGAUCUGCCAGGGGCUUCUCUAGCUGGGCAAACCCACGUAGAGCAGGCCUACUGAAAGCUGGGGUGCCAAGGGUACCUGUAUCCCCCAGACCCUGUUGGAGUGCAAGGAAUGACCGCCUCUUAUCAGUGGAAGCUCCCCAGCAGCUAGCCAGGGCUCCCCGGCUGCCCGGCCCGAGUUGUACAUACUCCUUCCUCAGCCACAUUAACCACAGAGCCUAGCCUGGCCCAGCCUCAGCCGCCAGAGGUGCCUUCGCCAGGCCUGGAACCCUCAGCCCGGGCUGGCCUCGCUCUCUGCUGUCUCCGUCCCUGCCUCCUCCUGGGUCCCCCAGGGUGGCUUGGGCUUCAGGGGCAGUGUGGGUUGGGGAGGCUUUGGGGCCUACCCCACAGGGUGGGCCUGGGCAGCCUCUCUCUGAGCCUUUCUCGCUCGCUCCUCGCCCAGUUUGACCACUGUAAGUGCCUGCACUCUGUAUCCUAUUAAUAAAGUAAAAUAAAGGGAAAAAGCUUCUGGUGGCUGCUGUGUGGGCCUAUGUAUUGGUGUUCAGGCUGAGGACACUGGUGUCACCUUCCCCCAGUAGGCCUCCUAUGAGGACUCCCCCCGUCCCUCCCAGUGUGGGCCCCCCACACCUCGCUCACUGGGGGCUCUGCUCUGAGAUGGACCACACUCUAGAGGGGAGAGUUUUACUUUCCUUAGCACUUCGGAAGUUGGGGGCAAAUAUUCCCUGUUCUCCCCAACCCCACUAACCCACAGGCUGACUGCUGCCGCGAUGCGGCGCGGCUGUGGAGAGGGAAUCCCAGUCCUCCCUCCCAGGCCCCCUUUCUCCCUCUCUUGCCAUCUUGGGGAGCCCAGGCCUGGUGGCCCAGCCAGGGACACAGUUAAACUUUGUUUCUGAUUUUUCU